AUGCAAAAGCGUCGAAGGGUAACCCGGGCAUGCGACGAAUGCCGAAGGAAGAAGAUCAAAUGCGAUGGCAAGCAACCUUGCACACAUUGUACUGUCUAUAGCUACGAAUGUACGUACGACCAGCCAUCUAAUCGUCGUCGCAACCCCGCUCCCCAGUAUAUCGAGGGCUUGGAGCAUCGAGUACACCGCGCUGAGACCUUGUUACGAAUGCUCAUGCCUGAUCUCAACCUAAACGACCCCAGCAUCGACGUCGCCGUUGCACAAGGCUAUAUCCCUGGUUUUUCCAACAAGCCCGUCACCAACGACAGCCCGGCCUCACAACCCGCCGCUCUUCCGUCCACAACUCUCACCUCUGCCCCCAAAGCAGAACCCAAAGACACUAACCUGGAGUCAAUGGUGCGUGCCAUUGGACAGCUGGAACUCGAUGAACAAGGCAACUGGGAUUACCAUGGUCAUUCUUCCGGCCUGAGUUUCGUGCGGCGCAUGCGAGAACAACUAGGCGAUCUUCUUGGACCCGAUGCCAAAACUACUCCUUUUGUCAAGUCAAGACCCAUGUCACAAGUCUUCGACUCUCCCAGGUCUUUGAACCCAGACUCGCCCAGUAUGGGCACGGAGAGUGCAGUCUCCGGCACUGACCUACCUUCCAGAGCCGUUGCUCGAGAUCUUUGUGAAACCGCUAUUAACGAUGCUUCCGUUCUCAUGAGAGCCAUCCAUGUUCCGACCUUCUGGGCAUCUUUCGAGCGCAUGUACAACACUCCAUAUGAGAACUACACGAACCAGGAUCACAAGUUUCUUCCACUGCUGUACAGUGCCAUGUCAGUAGGUUGUUUGUUUGGUAGUGACGAACAAAGUCCCUUAAAUCAGGCCGGCUACGAAACUGCCAUCGAUCAAGGCUUCAAAUACUUUAGGACAGCACGUCAACUUCUGGACAUAGCGGACUGUCGCGAUUUGACAUCCAUUCAAGCUGUUCUAUACAUGAUAUCGUUCCUUCAAUGCUCGGCCAAACUGUCGCAAUGCUACGCCUAUGUGGGUGUAGCACUGCGUUCCGCUCUCCGAAUGGGUCUGCACAGAUCCAACCCAUCCUUCAACCGGACUUUCAAUCCCAUCGAAGCCGAAACAAGGAAACGCGUUUUCUGGACCAUUCGCAAGAUGGACAUUUAUGUUGGCGCAAUGCUGGGCUUGCCACAGACACUCAGCGAAGAAGACAUUGAUCAGGAGUAUCCUCUCGAGAUCGAUGACGAAUACAUCACCGAAGAAGGAAUUCUUCCGAUGCCAGAGGGCAUCACACCAUUGACCACAGUCUUCAAUGCCCAUAGUCGACUAGUGGAGCUACUCAUCAAGAUUGUGAGGAACGUGUAUCCCAUCCGUGCAAAGGAUGUCCAAAACAACAUGGAUCGUUCUUACACAGUGCCCUUCUCUGUCAUUCGAGACAUUGAGAACGACCUGGAAACUUGGAAGAGUAACUUGCCUGCAGGGCUGGACCCAUGCAACAAUUCGAACCCAAAGCUCACAAGAGCUCAGCAACUCCUCCGCAUCGCAUACGCUCACGCUCAAGCCAUGCUUUACCGACCGUUCUUGCAUUUUGUCGCUACCGAUAAGCGUUCGCACAACAUCGACCAGCGUGCUUACACAUGCGCAGCUUCUUAUGUUAACCUUUCAAGGAACCACAUUCAUUUGUGUGUGCAGAUGAAGCAAAAAGGACUCUUGAACGGUGCUCACUGGUUCGUCAUGUACACAACCUUCUUUGCCGUGGUGUCCUUGAUCUACUUUGCUGCCGAAAACCCACAAAACAUCACCACCGAGGCAGUCUUGAAAGACGCCAUGCAAGGCAAGGAGGUGCUCGCAUCUUUAGCUAAGCGCAGUAUGGCAGCAGAUAGAUGUGCGACCACUCUUGAAGGCAUUUUCAAGGCUUUACCAGCUUGGGCUCGUGAAGGUCGCACUAAUCCCGUGCCCUCGCGUAAGCGUCGUCAGAGUUCGAACAAUGGUCCACCUCAACCGCAGAGUGCACGAAGCCACCCUGAUAUUUCAGUAACUGCGAAAGAGCCUCCUCCGCCUCAACCCGGCUCUGUACAGCGAGCCAGUACUUUCCCGAACCAGACUUCUAACACAUCUCUUGCAUCGGCUUACGAUCAGCGGAUGUCUUUCCCUACACCCUCGAUGAGCUCUGGCAGUGGCCCGUACACACCCACCAGUCCAAACUUCAACCAACAGCCUCUAGUGACGGCGGCCAUGGACACCAGUAGCCCAUCGAAUGGCAUACUCCCUUACAAUCUCCCGCUGGACAUGACAAACCCAAAUCUGCCGGACCUGUCGGCCAUGAUGUUCCCCUCAGCAGAACCCUUCACCUACCCCAAUCAGCCACUGACCACAUUUGAGAACAAUCAAUUUGCAAAGGGCCCAAACGUCUUUGACGGAUUCAAUGACUCGAAAGUGCCGGUCAUGAUGUCAGGGCAAAGCACUGCACCAGAGACGGACAACCUUGAAGCGCAGUUUUAUGCUUUGCCUCCAUACAUGAUGCAACAGCAACAGCAGCAGCGGCAACAACAACAACAGCAACAAGGCAGAUGGGACAUGGACAUGAUGCAACAACAGCAGCAACAACAACAACAACAACAACAGCAGCAGCAGCAGCAAGCGCAGAUGGCCAACAUGCGACAGGUGUCUGGUGGAUGGCCUGGACAGCAGCAGGCAGUGGUUCAAGGGACAGGCUUCCCCAAUAUCAAUCUGAACGACAUGUUCGGAGGCGAGAAUGACAUAUUCGGCGGUGGUAUGCUCAUGGAUCAAGGAUUCCGAGGCACGGGAAUGUGA